GGCUCUCCAGGGAAUCCUCCUGCUCUGGCUGUGACCAUGGGAAAGCGAGUGGCUGUCGUGCUGGCUGGCUGUGGGGUGUACGAUGGGAGCGAGAUCCACGAGUCUUCGGCCGUGCUGGUGCAUCUCAGCAGGGAGGGGGCACAGGCAGAGGUUUAUGCUCCCGAUGUUGACCAGAUGCAUGUAGUGGACCACGUGAAAGGACAGCCAACUCAGGAGAAGCGCAACGUGCUAGUUGAAAGUGCCAGAAUAGCCAGAGGCAACAUCAAGGAUCUAGCUAAGCUGGAUGUCAAGGGGCUGGAUGCCCUCAUCAUACCAGGUGGCUUUGGAGUGGCUAAAAACCUGAGCACUUGGGCCACCCAGGGCAAGAACUGCAUCAUCUCCAAAGAGGUGGAGGACGUCCUGAAGGCUUUCCACGCUGCCAAAAAGCCCAUUGGCCUCUGCUGCAUUUCCCCAGUGCUGGCAGCCAAAAUCUUCCCAGGCUGCGAGCUGACCGUGGGUCAUGACACAGAGUGUGAGAAAUGGCCUUACGCAAAGACUGCUGAGACCAUGAAGGAGCUUGGCUGCAAGCACGUGAACAAACACGUCACUGAAAUUCACGUGGAUGUGAAGAACAAGCUGGUGACCACCAGCGCUUUCAUGUGCAAUGCCCCCAUCCAUGAGAUCUACGAUGGCAUUGGAAAAAUGGUCAAUGAAGUGGUCAGACUUGCCUGAAUGCCACAAAGCCA